CUUAAUAAGAUCAAAACAAACUCAAUAAAACUAAAAGUAAUGUUUUAAUUAAUAUUUUAGAACAAAAUGUUUCCAACGAAGAACGCGAGUGAAUACAUAGGUGAAGCAAGCUGGUUCUCUCCACAAAAUGGAAUGGAUGCAGAUUUAUUCCUUGCCUAUAAUUCUCCUUUUCCAAUAGCUCAUAGAUAUUCCAGUUCCACAGAUUCCACAUCACCGGAAUCCUAUUUCAAUACACCAAUCCAGCUGACUCAAUCUACACAGUAUAGCCCUUGGUCUGACACUCAGUCAAAUGAUAGCAAACUUGGCUACCGGAUGGUAUAUGAUUCUUUGACCCAAAAUAAUUUGUUUGAGUCUUCGAAUUCUGACAAUAAUGCAAUAAGAUUUAACAAUAACAGAAAUUUUUCAUACUUUGGCCAUCAACAAUAUGUCAAUAGCCCUACAAAGCAAUAUCCAGUUUUUGAUUCUCAAAAUUAUGAUCAAAAUCAGAUUUGCAAUACUCCAGUGAAAGUAAGAGCUAUUGUUGGUAGAAAAGUUUUUGAAUCUGACAACACUGAGAUAAAAUCUGAAAAUAUUGAUUACUGUAUACGGCAACCAAAGGGACAAGAAACUAAUCAUACACAGUAUGAACUAUUCCCAUCUAGUGAACAUAAUUUUGGGUGUACCCAAAAAGAAUCUCCAGAUCUAUCGACAAAUUGUAUGUUUUCCCCGUCACCCAUGAUGCCAUCACCAAAUUUGUCUCAAAAUGAAUCAUUCCCAUACAGUGAACAUGGGUGUACACCCAAAAAAAAAUCUACAGACCUAUCAACAAACAGUAUGUUUUCACUAUCACCCUUAUCAAAUUUUUCACAAAACACUUCACAAUUGUCAGGCAUGUUUCAUGCAGAACAAACGCCAUCUACAAGUAGAUUCCAAUAUACUGAAAAUCUAUCACCAAAGUACGCAAAUCCAGUUCAAUACAAUGACAUGCUAUUGUUUAACAGUUUUAAUAAUAUUUCUUAUGACAAUAGUGACAAUAAGUCAGUGACAUCAAAUUCUACCUUUUAUUCUGGAUUCAAAACUCCCUAUAAACCUUCCCUUCGUAGAGCAUCAUCUACAUCAAGCCAGGCGGGUAUGCCACUCUGCACAUUUUGUCGCAAGAAUGGUGAAUCAUCAUCAGUCUAUUUGGACCACUGUGUUAAAGAAAAGAUUGGUAACAAAUACAAAGUCACUUGUCCAAUAUUGAGGGCACUUGUGUGCCAGACAUGCGGAGCUUCUGGAGACAAUGCUCACACAAUAACUUACUGCCCUGUGCUGCGUAAGACUAAUAACGGAAAGCCCCUACAAUCAACUACUGUAACAUUGAAAAGCACAAGACUUAAGAGUGAUGGUACAAAACGUAACAAAUAGUAUGUACACACCUUUAUGAGAUAAUAAACUGCUAUAAUGUUGAAAAAAAAGGUUCGAAAAAUAUUGUUAUUAUUUCGUAAAUAUAAUCAAGAAUUUGUAGUAGUAGUACCUACCAGGGGCGUGCACAGGGUUUUUAACUAGGGUAUGCACUAUAGUGUAUUGUAUAUACCCUAGAUGAGAUAGAAAAUUUUCUAUCACAAUAAAGGUUCGUAAUGAGUACUCAGGGUAGGUGGGGCAUUUUUUGCAUUUAUGGUGUGCACGCCACUGGUAGCUACCCAGUGUAUUGUGUGCUAAUGUAUCAACAUCGUUGAAUAAAAAAAGAUUUAUUUCUGUAUUUGAGACUUGUAUUUUUUAAACUACUGACAUUUCUGAAUUUUUUUUCAUUUAUAUCUGGUGUUUUAUUGUAUAAAAUAUUCUCUAUAGGUUUUAAGUUAAAUAUUAUUGUUCAUGUUAAUUAUUGCACACAUGCCUGUAUUAUGUACUAUAUAUAUAUAGCCUGUUGCAUAAUAAUGUAAUAAUGUUUUCAUAACUGAUGAUUUUCGAUGAUGUCUUUAUGUAUGGAGUUAGACAAAGACAGAUAGAGGGGAUCGAGGCUCACACUAUCAAGUUAUAAAAAUAUCGUUUAGAUAUAUUUUUAAAAUCCUGUAUUGAGGGCGCCACAAGUAUUUGAAGCCGUUAGUGGGAUAAAAUAUUAGUUCCUUUUUUCCGCAACAUGAUGUUAUUUUUGUUAAGUUUGUAAGAAAAUGUUUUUAUUCCAAGAGGUUUCAUUCUAGUGUGUGGCCAGGCCAUUAAAUAUUAAUACUAAAUAAAAAAAACACUUAGUGCCAUUAAAAUGUUUUUAAUGUUAACAAAAAAUAAUAAGUAUUAAUUUUUUCGUUGUAAAUAGAUGACAAAUUGACAAAGUUAUUGCGAUAAGAAAUUUUUACUUUUCUAUUUGACAAAUUAAUAUUGACAAAAAAUGGAAAUAACGAUAAAAAUAAUAAUAGGGAUGAUGACAGUUUUUUAAAUUGUAUAUAAAUUAAGAGUAUACUAAUAGUAAAGCAAUUUUGUAAAAGGAACAGGGUAUCUGCGAUCAUUACUUAUGGAGCUACAGGGAUUUAAAGAGUCAGAUUUGCGGCGCUGCCGCGGAUCCCUGAAAAACGCCCCAUACAAAAUGGCUCGAAAAAAUGACGUCAUAUGCAAUGUAAUGAUCGUUAGAUUUGUAUGCGCGUUCAAACAAAAUUACUAAUAUCUUUGUUAUUUGUGCGUUUAUCUUUAUAGUUCAUUUAUUAAAAAAUGUCACGUUUAAUGUAAGGAAGCUAAAACUGUAUGAAUUUUCAUCUAAUUACGAUAAAAAAAAUUUAAUAGUUUUCGAAAUUUUAUAAUUUGAUUUAUUUUGCAAAUAUCCAGACAAUCUUUGCUUUUUAUGUAUAAAUUAGUUAACAUUGAUCCUAUUUACCCGAAUGUAUCAUAAAAAUCAAUAUAUUCAAACCUAGUCAUCAUCCCCAUUGUCAUUUAAUUAUUGACAUCCUUUAAUGAUCGUAAUUUAAUCUGUUAGUAGGUAUUAUGUUUAAGUCCGUGAAUGAGUAAGAGUAUGUUAUUAUGAAUGACUUUACAUAAUUUUAUCAUUAGUAUAUUUUAUAUUGUUGUAUUAUUAACUUUCAUCAUUUACUUUACAUUUUGACUACUUAUUAAAAAAAAUCAUAGCAAUUACAAAGAUAAAACGGAAAAAUCAAGAUAAUGAAAGACAUGGAUGGCCAAUAUUUUUUAUUUUGACACAAAAAAUGCUCUAAUUUUAAGUUUAGUUUAGGCUGUCUGUUUUAAGUAAUCAAGGAUUUGUAGCAAGGUUUAAGUUAAGUUAAGUGUGUUACCCCAGCCUCAUGACUACUUGUUUUACAUUUUGACUUUUGACUAAUUGAUGUUACAAUCUGUUUUUUUUAAAUUACUAUCACAAGAAUUCAUUGAUAAAACAUUUUUUUUAAUAGAAGAAAGCUUCCUAAGCAUAUUAAUAUAUAUAUAUAUAUAUAUAUAUAUAUAAAAGACUGAAAAAUUUACAAGAAAUUACGUACAAAAUAAUGAGUAAAAACCAAGACUGUACCUAUAAUUAUUGUGAUCUCUCGCAGACUUAAUUUAGGCUAUGUGAAAUAUGAUCUUUAUUGUUUUUUUACUAUAAUUUUAAAGUACCUAGGUAAUGAGGUUGUUUUUUUUUUCAGAGGUUUCUUUUUAUUUUUGAAGUUAUGAUGACUAAGGUCAUGGAAAAGGAAUCUUUUCAAUUCGUUAGGUUAAUUUUAAUGUCGAUGUUUUGUUACUUUACGACUUGAUUGAAAAGAUAGUUAUUGUACUUCAGAAUUUUUUUUUUUUUUUUAUUAUGUAUAAGCAAGCGCUUAGCUGCAAUCACGCCUGAUGGUAAGCAGUGAUGCAGCCUAUGGUGGAACGCGCUUGCCUAGAAGAUGCCUAUUCACUCUUGACUUGAAGGUACCCAUGUUGUAGGAGGUGGGGAAAACGGAAGCUGGAAGAGCAUUCCACAUCUUUGCAGUGCGUAUAAGAAACGAGGAACUAAACCGCUUAGUACGGGUCCGAGAAAGCAUUUAAUGUGACAUACCUUGAUGUAGACACACCUUUAUGAUUGAAUUAUCAGUGUUGUCAUAUGCUAAAAAUAACGUGUUAACAUAAUAUGUAGGUACGUAUGUUGAUUGUUGAUAUUGAAUAUGAGAUUUUGAUGUAAUUCAAAAUUUUCUGUGAAAUAUGUGUAAAAAUUAUGUUGAUAUAAUAUGCUACCCAACUGUGUUGUACAAUUUUUUUAAGCAUAUUGCUUAGAUGUCAUACAGGGUUCUCUGUAUCUGGUAUGGACUAGGCACAUAGCUACCAUUUGAUCAGCUUAAAGUUUAUUAAUUAAAUUAAACAAAAUGGCAAUUUAACAGUUGAUUUUUUUAUCAACACUACAAAAAGUAGGUAUUGAUUUGUAUUUAAAAAUUUAACAUUUAUGGUAUAAUUAUUUGCUUCGAAUUUUUAAGAAUUGAGUUUAUUUUUUAAGUCAAUUUUAUGAUUUAAAAAAUUAGUAUCAUAUUAGUAAUUUAAAAAUAUUAAUUUCAAAUAAAUGUAUGUACUUGUUACAUACAUUUAUAUUUAUAUUCCUAUGUAAAUACAUUUUUUUAUGUACUGUACUUUGGUACUCCCUAAGUUUUAACCUCUCACGAAUUUCUAUGGUACCUUGGUAUCUAUGUACUUCCUACUUAGAUAUUCUUAAAAAAAGCAUGUGGUUUCUAAUUGUGUAUAUCUAGGUACCAAUAAAUUGCUAUUAGAAAAUAGUACCAACACUACACGAAAAAAACAUUUUCUAUUGAAAAAAAAAAUUAUGAAAAUUGCAUUUUAUUCGCGUAGGUAGGUACGAGUACCAACUAAUAGUUAGUACUGAUUGUAUUUUGAUCUCGGGAUAAAGUUAAUAAUUUGAGAUUUUUAAGUUGUGUGUUUUUGAUAUUAAAAUUUUAUUAAUUUUUAUCUAUUUGUUUCAUUUUCUGAUGAAUGUAUUUGAACUUGUAAAGGACAACCCUGGCAAUAAAUGCUUGGACUACUUAGUACGGUUAUAUAAACCAGUACGUCCUACAUUAGAAAUAUUACGUACUUGCUUAGAUUACGUGAGUACAGAUAUAGGGUAAAUAUUGUACUUGGGCCUAAUUGUCUAACGCAAACGAUUGAAUUUGACAAUUGAAAUCGUACGUUUUUACUUGUCAAACGGCUAUUUCGGAUUGUGUAAGCCAAUGGAAAGCCAUCGGUUGGGCAUAGUUUGUUCAUUACGAUUAGAUCGUUAUUUUUAUACGAAGAGUGAAUGAUUUGUUAAGAUUUGACAGUUAUUUGCGAUUGUCUUCGAAUUGUGUAAAGUUUUAUGGUCAUGGCUUAUGUCAAAAACUUACGAUGGGUCUUGAGUCACCUUUGAUCGUAAAACGGACAAAUUGUGGAUGUCCAAAAUUCCAAAAUAAUAAUUUAUAUUUUGUUAAAUAUCUAAAAUUAAUAUUUUUUUCCAUUCUAAAUCUCUCAAUUCAGUCUCCCCGUCCACAGUUAGCAUUUUUAGGACGAAACUUUGCGAAGUGUUUUGUUUGUAAACAAUGAACUCUGUUAAAAAGAGUAAUAAAUAAUAUAUUCUUUGCAAUGAACCUAUAAAGUCAAAACAAUGAAGUUAAUUGAGUGCUAUUAAUCGAUUUAUAUAGGAUGCUGAGACUUGGACUCUGAGAGAAAGUGAGAAAAAGAAUAUACACGCUCUAGAAAUAUGUUGAAGAAGAAUGCUUGAAUAUCCUGGACACAGUCUCACUCCUCCAAGAACUGGGGAUCAAACAGCAUCUUUCUUCCAGCAUCCAAUGCCUUCUUACACACACUUUCUUUGGACGUACCAGAGAAAGAGACGAUAAGUCCAUAGAGCGACAUAAACUCAAUACCUACGAUAUUUAAUACCAUACCAUGUUUUAGAUUUCUGCGACAUCUUGCAUGUUGUUGUAUCCAAUGUGUUGGGAUCUGUGUUCCAGGGCUUAUGUGUGUGGUUUAGUUAAGUUUGCUGGUUAUUAAGCAAAAA